CAUAGAAUCAAAUCGUCAAAUAAAGCCGAUUCAACAAACAAUAAAUAGAAAUAUUUAUAAUCAAAAUAUGCGAAAUUUUAAUGGAAUCUAUAGAACUAAUGGGAGAAAUCAAGAUCAAAGUGAUUACCAGAAAUAUAUUAAACGAUUUAUAAAGGAAGACUUAAAUAAAGAAUACGAAAGGAAUAAUAAUAACAAAUUUACAUUGCAUGGAGAAGAAAUAUUCGAUAUUGACGAAGAACAAAAUCCAGUUGAGAUAUUAGAUAUUAUUAAAAAUGAUGAUCCUUCGUAUCUCUUAAAUAAAGAAAAUUUAAAAGAUAAUUUAAAUAAAAACAAUUUAAAUGGAAUUGAUUUUAAAGACAACCGAAAAGACUUAUUCCAUAAACACCACAAUAAUAAUUAUCUACGUAAUAAGUAUAGUUACGAAAAUCUCAAUGAAGAUUAUGGAUAUCCAAGUUAUGAUGAUGAAAUGCUUGAUAUUAUAACACCAAAAGCUUUAGAUUAUGAUGAUCUUAUAUAUCGAAGAGAAGUUUCGUCAAAUACUAUUAAUAAUAGAAAUUUGGAAAAUUCUUCAUUAUAUCCCACAGUUUUAACUAAAGCUUUACAAAUAAGUUUAAAUCCAUCGGCUCCUUCACAUAUAGGAGGCAGUCUGUUGAGCAAUGUUGCCCAACAAUUAAAUACUAGUACUUUAGAUUUGGCUAAAGAAAUAACUAAAUCGGAAACUACAAAAAAUGGUGAUCAAUUUUCUCAAACUGUUCAGAGUUAUUUGACAAAUAAUAAUGCCGUUCCCACUGCUAGUAAUAAUAAACUGAAUCAACCUCUAAUAGAAACUAAAGAAACUUUAGGGGAAAAUCUACCAACUCGCUAUGAACAAAAUUUUAAAAACAGUAAGGAAGAUCUGAAAAAUGAAGAAACCUUUGAUGGCAUUACAACAUCAAGUUUAACAGAAAUUUUAGAUCGUGUCUUAAAUAAAUUGGAAAGUAUUUACGAUGGUAAAAGUAAUGAUUAUGAAGAUCAUCCAGAUGGGGCUCCUUGUGAUAUCAUCGGUUCUUGGAGUUCCUCCACUUUAGGCUUGUGUUUUAAUAUAGAAUUGGCCAAAGAUAAACUUCAUGAUAUUUCCCCAGCCGAAAUAAAUAAUAAGCUGCUAACGAUUAGUAUCGUGGAAUGUACUCCUCCAAAACAUCAUCAAAUUAUUGAUCUAGAUUGGAAAUUUACAGGCAGUGCCUUAAAACAAUUGGGAGGUCUUUUUUAUUUAUAUGGCCAGAAAAGAAGUGAAAGUGUUGCUGCAACAUUUUUGGGUUUCUGUCGCACUUGUGGGGGCAUUGAUACGAUUUUUGGUUCUUGGAAUUCUUUAUUCCCUUCUAAGGAUUGUAAUGAUAUAUCUUUGGCUUUUGACGUAAAGCGUGACGUUUUAAGACGUAUACGAAUGGAGGCGAAAAGGAAGGAACGUUUUAAGGAACUACUUUAUAAAAGUCAUCAUGGACAAAUUCCAUGA